ACACAGUAUUACAAUUUAACAGAAGCUUAAUGGCUUUUAAAAUGUUGGUACAAGCUGUAGUUGCCAAGUCACCCAGUACUGUUGUCAGUGCCCAUAGAACGACACUAUUCCAUUUGCAUGUGAAAUUAAUGUAGGAAAGAUGUAUUUAGUGUGCGUGGUGUAGUGUUGGAGUGUUUCUAAGCAAUUAAGACCUCCCUAUGCACAGUUUUCUGUAAUCUGUAUUCUGCUGCAAAUCGUACCAAUUCUUAGCUACCAUUCCUGUUUCAGAAAUUAUUAUUAAUACUGAAGAUUUCAGAAGCCAUCAUUUGUGCACAUGUAUGCAGAAAGUUUACUUGUAGUUUAAAAUUAUUUAAGUGACUCCCUUCUGGAUUUCCUAGACAGGAAAAAAGGGAGUAAGUUUUGGAUUAUUGCUCUGGUGAGCCACCAUAGUCUGUAUCCUGAGACAAACUAGAAGACAAAAGAAUGAUGGUUAUUUUUACCUUUUUAGCACUUGCGGAAUAUUUUAAGGUAGGAAGCAGCAACUUUGAUUUUUGUAGCUAAAAACUGCUGACUAAAAGCUAUACCUCGUUUACACGUACUGCAGGUUCUGUGCAUUAUGUGGAUGAGAAAGGAAAGACAAGGCAUGUAUUGUCCACAGACAGUCUGAUCCAAAAACUUCUGUUCAUGGAGGAAAGAGAGGUUUUAGUAGUGAUAACAGAGAACCUGCAAUUGUCCUUGCAUGCAAUUACUCCUGAGGGAGAGGCAGAAGAGCUCAUGAAGGUGAAGUUGAGUGGGAAGACAGGUCGUUCUGCAGACAUCAUUUUGAUAGACCACAGCCUUAUUGUUACAGCACUAGGUGAGACAGUCAUCAGGUUCUGGGAUUUGGACCGAGAUGAGAACUAUGUGCUCUCUCCAGAUGUGCAAUUUGGCUUUGAGGGAGGAGAAUGUAUUAACUGUGUUUCUUACUGCAGUGCUAAAGGUCUCUUGGCAGCUGGUACUAACAAAGGGAGAAUAGCUAUGUGGAGGAAAGCUGCAGGGUCUGAUCAGGGCACACGGGCUUCGGAGGCCAAGAAGUGGAAGCUCCAGGCACCUACAGAACUUGAAGGAAGUGUCAUUCAGAUAAAGGUAAGACAGGAAGGUGUCUUCUUCACAAGCAUUAAAUGAAUAGAUCAUCUUUGUGCAAUAGAUCAGUAUGAUCACUGUCAUACAGAUGUGUGCACCAGCAGAGGCUGGUUUUCCUUCAGAAGAAGGAUGAAAAACCCAUAUGGUCAAUAACUUUGAAAAUUGAAACAGUCAGAUAUAUUACCUGUUUGUAGCUAUUCUGUUACAGGCAGGGUUGAAAUGCUCAGUAUAACAUACUGAAAUGCAAGUACAUCACUCUCUCUGGGAGAAUUACCAGUCAUGGCAUCUUUAAAUCCAAACGUUUUUUUUUGUCUUAUUGACAAACCCUUCGGAUUCA